AUGGCCGUCAUUCAGACAAUUGGCACUCCAGAACCACAUAUUUUCUGUACAGGUGUAGACCUAAACAUCUUACAGGCAUUGAAACGCAUGGACUUGGAAAUUACCAAUGCCUUUUUGACCCACUAUCCUGCCUAUCAGAACCUGAGGCAACGGGUUGACAACUUUGUUGCGAACCACUUGGCAACUCAUACAUGGAGUCCCCACCUCAAUAAGAACCAGCUAAGAAACAACAUUAGGCAGCAAGUGCUCAAAUCAGGAAUGUUGGAGUCUGGUAUUGACCGAAUUAUUUCUCAGGUUGUGGAUCCAAAGAUCAACCACACAUUCAGACCUCAAGUGGAGAAAGCUGUGCAUGAGUUUUUGGCCACACUAAAUCACAAAGAGGAAGCAAGUAGCAGCACAGCCCCCGAGGACGAGAAACCAGACUCUUCCCUCAUUACACAAGGUGUCCCAGCUCCUGGACCCGGCGCUAAUGUAGCCAAUGAUGCCAUGUCAAUCUUGGAAACCAUAACUUCUCUUAACCAAGAAGCCAGUGCGGCCAGGGCUUCGACAGAAACGUCAAAUGCCAAGACCAGUGAGAGAGCGUCCAAAAAACUCCCUUCUCAGCCAAGCAUUGACACUAGUACUGAAAAAGAGAAAACUUCAGAGGACAUAGCCGAUAAAGAAAAAUCUACACCUGACUCUGCAGGGGAAGGACAGGAGACAGCCCCUAAGUCUGAAGAAUUUACUGAUCUCCCUUGUCCAGUUGAAGAAAUUAAAAGCCACACAAAAGAGAGCAAUAGUUCAAUUCUGCUAAAUAAAGAUGUUCAACAGGAAAGCAGUGACCAAAAAAACAAAUCAACAGACAAAGGUGAAAAGAAGCCAGAGAGCAAUGACAAAGGAGAAAGGAAGAAAGAAAAGAAGGAAAAGACCGAAAAGAAAUUUGAUCACUCAAAAAGGAGUGAGGACCUACAAAAAGUGAAAGAGGAAAAGCAAGCAAAGGAAAAAGAAGUAGAAUGUUCAAAACUCCCUUCAGAAAAGAACAGUAAUAAAGCUAAAAGCAUUGAAGGGACAAAAGAAGAUUGCUCUUUGAUAGAUUCUGAUGUGGAUGGACUUACAGACAUCACAGUUAGCUCUGUCCAUACCAGUGACCUUUCCUCUUUUGAAGAAGACACCGAGGAGGAAGUUGUAAUGUCUGAUAGCAUGGAAGAAGGAGAGAUUACAUCAGAUGAUGAGGAGAAGAACAAGCAGAACAAAACAAAAACUCAAACCAGUGAUCCCAGUGAAGGAAAAGCAAAAAGUGUACGGCACUCUUAUGUUCACAAACCAUAUCUUUACUCAAAGUAUUACAGUGAUUCUGAUGAUGAGCUUACUGUAGAACAACGGCGCCAGUCAAUUGCUAAAGAAAAAGAAGAGAGGCUUUUAAGAAGGCAAAUUAAUAGAGAGAAACUUGAAGAAAAACGAAAGCAGAAAGCUGAAAAGACAAAGUCUUCGAAAGCUAAGAUUCAAGGCAAAAAUAGUGUAGAUUUAGAAGAAUCAUCAACAAAGAUUGUGGAACCUAAAACCCCCAGAAUUAAAGAAGUCCUUAAAGAACGGAAAGUUUUAGAGAAAAAAGUAGCCUUAAGCAAAAAAAGAAAGAAAGAUUCAAGGAAUGUUGAAGAGAAUUCUAAAAAGAAACCUCAAUCUGAAGAAGAUUCCAAAGAAACUCUCAAGACAAGUGAGCAUUGUGAAAAGGAAAAGGUGUCUUCUUCAAAGGAUCUGAAGCAUGUUUAUGUAAAAAGUGAACUAAGUAAACCUGCCCGGAGACUUUCAGAAUCUUUGCAUUCAGCUGACGAAAACAAAAAUGAACCCAAAAUAGAAAGAGAACAUAAAAGACGCACAUCUACCCCUGUUGUGGUGGAAGGGUCACAGGAAGAGCCUGAUACAAGAGAUGGGAAAAGGCAAGCGGAACGGUCAGAAAUUGGCACAGAAGAGCCCCAGAAACAGAAAAGCACACUUAAAAAUGAAAAGCAUCUAAAAAAAGAUGAUUCUGAAAUACCACAUGUGAAAAGCCUACCUAAGAAAGAGGCAAAAUCCUCCAAGGAGAAGCCUGAAAAAGAGAAGACUCUGUCAGAAGACAAAUUGUCUACAAAACAUAAAUAUAAAGGUGACUGUCUGCAUAAAACAGGUGAUGAGACUGAGCUUCACUCUUCGGAGAAAGGUUUAAAAGUGGAUGAAAAUAUUCAAAAGCAAAGUCAGCAAACAAAACUUUCUUCAGAUGAUAAAACUGAACGAAAAAGUAAACAUAAGAAUGAAAGGAAAUUAUCAAUUUUAGGCAAAGAUGGAAAGCCAGUUUCUGAAUAUAUUAUAAAAACAGAUGAGAAUGUUCGUAAAGAAAACAAUAAAAAAGAGAAGCACAUACCAGCCGAGAAGACUAAGGCGGAGCACAAAUCAAGAAGAUCGAGUGAUUCUAAAAUUCAGAAAGAUUCUCUGAGUUCCAGGCAACAUGGAAUCACAUUACAGAGAAGAAGUGAAAGUUAUUCAGAGGAUAAGUGUGAUACAGACUCAACUAAUUUAGAUAGUAAUUCAAAACCAGAAGAGGUAGUUCACAAGGAGAAGCGAAGAACAAAGAGCCUACUAGAAGAGAAACUUACGUUAAAGUCUAAACCAAAAAGUCAAGGCAAACAGUUAAAAGUAGUUGAAAUGGAAUUACAAGAAAGUGUCACAAAACAGGCAGCCACUCCAAAAUCAGAUAAGGAGAAGAACACAGAAGAGAUCGACCCAGAUAGACAGCGAAAGUCUAAAGCUGAAGACAAACCUUUUGAGGAAGCUGGGGUUGAAGCUGUAUUGGACAGUGCCGCUUCCUCAGCACAUGGUACACAGAAGGAUUCUAGUCACAGAGCCAAGUUACCAUUAGCAAAGGAGAAAUAUAAGGCUGAUAAGGAGUCAGGCUCCUCCAGACCUGAGAGGAAGUUAUCAGAUGGGCACAAAAGCAGAAGCUUAAAGCACGGUAGUAAGGAAGUGAAAAAGAAGGAAGAAAACAAAUCAGAUGACAAGGAUGGUAGAGAAGUUGACGGUAAUCAUGAAAAGACCAGAGGGAGUAGUUCGGUUGUGGAAAAGAAAUUAAGUAGAAGGUUGUGUGAAAACCGAAGAGGAAGCUUAUCCCAAGAAAUGACCAAAGGAGAAGAAAAAUCAGCAGCAAACUCCUUGAGUACUCCCAAUAGUUCCUCUGUUCAGAAACCAAAAAGGGGCAGUGAUACCACAUUAAUGCCUGAACAAGAGCCAAUGGAAAUUGAUUCUGAGCCAGCUGUUGAAAAUGCAUUUGAAGUAUCUAAAACCCAAGACAGCAGCAAUAGUAGUUCUCAGCAAGAUAUUGACUCUGAAAAUGUUAUGAAACAAAAAACCACUAUCAUGGUUCUAAAGGAUGAAUUAAGAACUUCCACAGUAGAUUCAAAAACAGCAGCUCCAGCCUGUAAAUCAGGACGUGGAACCGGAGUUGUUAGUAAUUCUGAAAAGCACGCUAACCAUAAAGGCACCCUGACCAGGAAAGUGCAUUUCCAAAGUGCUGUGUCCAAACUGAACCCUGGGGAGAAAGAACCCAUUCAACAGGGAGCUCAUGAAACCAAUACAGACUCUGAAACUAGUCCUAGACUAUUGUCUCGAGCCCCAUCAGAAAAUGAUAGGGCACAAAAGAAUUUGAAAAACACAACCCGACCCACUGAAGAACAUGUAGCUCAAGGAGAUGCUGGUCAUGAACAUUCCCUCAAUUCAGAUCUCUCACCGUCCUUAAGUUCAGUAACUGUGAUGCCUCAGAAACAAUCUCGUGGUACUGAUGUAAGUCCUUUGAUUGACACAAGGACUACUUUAGAAGGUAGCACAGCCAGCACCUCCCUUGUGGAGCACUCUGAUAUUCCUAACCAAAGUUGGACUGUUAGGGAAUCAGAAGUCCCUGGGACAAGAGACAGCAAAGAAGGUGGGGCAGUUUCCACAGUAGAUGCACUGGCAAAAGCAAGCAUGGAUGGCAGAAGACACAUUCCAGAAGGUUUCCAGCCUGCUGUGCUGCACACUAAACAAGGAAAAGUAAAUGUGCCUGUUGGUAGCAAGUUAAUAGACGUGAAUACGGAAAAUGGGAAUGCUCACAAAGAAGGCGGCUUGAUGGACAUGGCCAGGAAGGAAAGUGACUUCAACACAGGGCCCAGUUCAAAGCAGACAGCGAGAGGUGUCCUAGAAAAUGGCAAAAAACAUGGCAUCACUGUUGACCCUGUGGUAGGCAUGAGUACAGAAAAAGGUGCUGAGACUGUGGAACCUAAAUGUAGUAGUGGCCCAGGUGAAAUGGAAAACACAUCAGUUGUGGUUGAAGGAAGGACUGAAAAUAGUGAAGUAGACACCAGCGCUGGAAGUAACACUGCUUCUUCAGUUUUACAGCAAAGGAACAGAAAAACUGCCAAUGGGACAGCGGGGUCUGGCAGAGCCGAAAAGACUUCUUUUGCCACUAGCACUGCAGGGAAGGAUGAAGGUGUUCCCCCAAACGCAGUAAAGGCAGGGCAUGCCACGACCACUUCCUCAGAAACAGGAGAGGGUGAGGUGGCUGUGCCCUGCACGAGCAUUGAGGCCGACGAAGGCUUCAUAACAGGAGCAUGCUCUAGAAACAAUCCUCUUCACACUGGGGCAGAAGCCAGCGAAUGCACUGUUUUUGCGGCAGCUGAAGAAGGUGGAGGCGUUGUCACAGAAGGAUUUGCCGAAAGUGAACCCUUCCUCACAAGCACCAAGGAGGGGGAGAGUGGAGAGUGUGCUAUGGCUGAAUCUGAAGAAAGGGCAGUGGACCCUGUGACUGCUCACGAAGGUACAGUUGAAGACAGUGUCAACAGCGGUGUGACAGAAGAGAAGGAUGAUGCCGUCACCAGUGCUGGCUCUGAAGAAAAAUGUGACGGUUCUUCACGUCGAGGCUCAGAAAUGGCUGAAGGAACUGUUACCUUUAUUAGUGAGGUUGAAAGCGAUGGCGCGGUGACAAGUGCUGGGACAGAAAUAAGGGGGGGUUCCUUAAGCAGUGAAGAGGUGGAUGGGUUCCGGAGAAAUACGGCGAGAAUGGGCCCCAAAAAAGAAACUGAGGGGACUGUGACAUGCACCGGGGCAGAAAGGAGAAGCGCUACCUCUGUCAUGUGCUCAGUGACAGGUGCCGAGCGACAGGAGGAGCGCGUGGUUGCAGGGGCAGCCGUGGCCCUUGUCGGUAACGACCCGCCACCUGGAACCGGUGCCCCCCAGGAAGGAGACGCUUCUGUGAAUGACGGGGCGGAAGGCGAAAGUGCCGUCACCAGCACAGGGAUAACAGAAGACGACGGAGAGGGGCCGGCGAGCUGCACAGGCUCAGAAGAGGGCAGCGAGGGCUUUGCUCUAAGUUCUGAAUCAGAAGACAGUGCAGAGGGUGCAAUGGAUAGCACGGUCGCCAAAGAAGCCCCUAACGUGCCAUCAGUCGCUGCUGGGCCAUGUGAUGACGAAGGAAUUGUAACGAGCACCGGUGCAAAAGAGGAGGAUGAGGAAGGUGAAGGGGUGGUGACCAGUACUGGAAGGGGAAAUGAAAUCGGGCACGCAUCCACUUGCACUGGGACAGAGGAGGAGAAUGAAGGGGUAUCGAUUUGUGGAAGUGCCGAGGAAGGCGACAGUCAGAUUGGCACUGCGGCAGGGCACGCGGGAGCUGAGGCCGGAGCCACCAUCACCAAUGCCAACGAGAGCAACGUUGACAGCAUGAGUGGUGCAGACAAGGGCAUGAAACAUACGGAGAUCUGCUCCAGUGCGAAAGGGGUCGUCGAAAGCAGCGUGACCAGUGCGGCUUCAGGGAAGGGUGAAGUAGUUCCAGUUCCCGAAGGUUGCGAGGGUCCCAUGACUAGUGCGGCUUCAGGUCAGAGUGACAGUUUGCCAACGAGAAAAGAAAAAGUUGAUGAUACCACAAUUUCCACUGGCUUGGUGGGGGGCAGUUACGAGGUACUUGCGUCCAGGGCAGUCCCAGAAUGUGAAGCUGGUCACACGUCGCCCGGUGGAAAAGAAGAUGAAAGUGUCAUCACCUCAGUGGACAAUGAAGAAUGCGAUGGCCUUUUGGCCAGGACAGCCAGUGACAGGGUUACCAACCACGCUUGUUUAGCUGGGGUUAAGAGUCCAGGCAAGGGCUUGAUGAUUUCCACCAGUAGCACGCAUGACUACACCGCUCAGUUGAGCACAGUUGCAGAUGUGGCCGAAGGUCAUUCCAGCAUGCUGAGAGCCGGAGAAAAUAUGGAAGGCACCAGAAUAAACAUGGAGGAAUUUGAGGCCCCCAUGCCCAGUGCAGUGUCAGGAGGUGGGAGCCCAGGCCCUGCUGUGAGAAGUGAAGAGAAAGACGAGUGUGCCAUGAUUUCCACGAGCCUAGGGGAAGAGUUCGAAGUGCCCAUUUCCAGCGCCACGACUGUCACGUGUGCGGAAAGUCAGCAGCCAAUGGCCACCGUGGAAGACGGCGCUCAGGGCCCAGGCUUGCUGGGCACCGACGACUUCGAGGGCCCCACGCCCAGCGCACCCACAGCACUGGAGAGCCCGCUCGCCUCAACCAGCAAGGAGGACAAAGACGAGUGCGCGCUCAUCUCCACCAGCAUAGCAGAGGAGUGCGAGGCUUCUGUUGGCGGCGCCCAUGCCGGAAGUGAGAAGGCGCGACCCGCCACUGUCCUGGAAGAAAAAGACGGGAGCGCCAUCAUCUCCACCAGCUCGGGAGAAGACUGCGAGGGCCCCGUGUCUAGCGCCGCCCCUCGGGAGGACGGCCAGCCCUCAGUCACGCGAGCGGAGGAGAUCAGCGACACCGCCAUGAUUUCCACCAGCACCUCCGAAGGCCGCGAGGCAGUCAUGAUGGGUGCAGUCCCACAGGACGACGAGCCGCCUGGCACGGAAAGGAUGGAGGACUUGGGCGACGCAGCCAUCAUUUCCACCAGCACGGCCGAGUGCGUGCCGGCGCUCGCCGGCCUCAGCAAGCAGGAGGAGAACCCCCAGACUGCAAGCAACACGGAGGGCAAAGAGCCCCCGUCGGCCGCCAGGAUGAGCGAGGGCGACGACCCGAGGCCCAGCCUGUUGGCCGCCAACAGCUGUCCGCGCCCUGGGCCGCCGGCAGGGGGCAGAGCAGCGGGCGCCGAGGAGGGGCGCCACAGGGCGGCAGUCAGUGCGUCCUCUGCGGCGGGCGCUCAGCCACGUGCUGCGCGAGCUCCGGAGGAGGAGCACGGCCAGGACGGCCCCCGCGAGGUGCCGCUGGCGGGGAAGGGACCGAGGGAGAGCAGUUUGCGCCUCGUAAAUGCAGCAGAGAGGAGUGCGUGGCUGAGCUCUGCUCAGAUUGGACAGGGGAGUCGGGAGGCAGCUACCACAGGGCACAGCACCUGUCGGGCGGGGAGGGGUGUGCGGAGGGGAGCGGACUCACCUGAGGAUCUGACGGGACCAGAGCAAACGGCGGGCCCGACGGCUGAGGACUCCUCCCUCGGGAUCCGCUGCUUGCCGGCAGUAAGUCCCGGUGCUGAGAAAGCCGAAGACGCGCCACCUGCCAGAGACGCUGCAGCAGAGCCGUCCUACCCUGAGCAGUCCUGGCCCGCGGGCCCCGUGAACACCACCACCACUGAAUGUGUUAAUGGCCAGGAGUCAGAAAUUGGCCCUUCCCACGUGCCAGUCCCUCCAGCUGCCUACGGUGUAGCCCUGUCUGCUCCAAACUGUGAGCAGGACUUGACUAGAAAGAGUGAUCACAAUGGCAGACGUCUGGUUCAAGGGUCCAGUGAGAAAGCAGGAGAUGGUAAUGGCAUGAGGAAGCCAUCCCAGGAGGAAGGGGACCUCAAGGUCACUGUUCCUCCUGAAGAAAAUUUGCAUGACAUAGGCAGUGAAGAGUCUCCAUCGAAUGUUCUGGGAGGACGGGCACUGAAAGGCACCUUGAAAACUGAGAUAUUUGUACCAUCAGAGGAAGAGAAAAACCGUGAAAUUCUAGCAGCACCAGCAAGUCCAUGUGGGAGAAAGCCAAGUGGAGUAGCCGAACUACAGAGGGACCCUUUCUUGGUGAAUGAAUCAUUUAAUAAUGUAAGUCACCAUAAUGUUUUGGGUUUAGUUGUGGGGCUUGGUGUUUUGAGAGCGAAUGGGAAGGGGGCAUCUAGCAAAGGGAUU